AUGAGGUGUGCCUUCGCAGCGACGACGAGCACGCUGUCGGUGGGCUACGUGGACGGCUGGUCGAGCAACGCGCUGCCCUACCUGCACCCGGCGGCGCCGGCGCCGCUGGACGCGUACGUGUCGCGCCCGCUGACGGACGACGAGGCCUCCUGGCUGGGCUCCCUGGUGGCGCUGGGCGCCAUGGCGGGCUCGCUGCCCGCCGGGCUCGUGGCCGACGCGCUGGGCCGCAAGCCGACGCUGCUGCUGCUCGUGCUGCCCUACCUCGCCUCCUGGGGCGCCGUGCUCGCCGCCGGCAGAUCCCCACCCACACAGGCGGCGUGCGUGACGCAGGUGGCGCUGCUGUACACGGGCCGGCUGCUGGCCGGCUUCGCCAUGGGCGCCGCCUGCGUCGUGUCGCCGCUCUACAACGAGGAGAUCUCCGAGGUGGCGAUCCGCGGCGCGCUCGGCGUCUACCAGAACCUCAUGGUCACCGCCGGCGUCCUGCUCGCCUACGUCUCGGGCGCCCUGCUGCCCUACAACGGCACCAUAUUCAUGGGGUGCGUGCCGCCGCUGCUGCUGCUGACGCUGUUCGCGUGGGCGCCCGAGUCGCCGGUGCUGCUGGUGGCCAAGGGGAAGGAGCUGCAGGCGCGCCGGGCGCUGCGCUGGCUGCGCGGCCCGCACGCCGACGUGGACGGCGAGGUGGCCAAGAUCAAGGAACUGGUGGCGGAGUCGGCCUCGCGGGACGGCCACCAGGGGUCUCUGCUGUCGUCGGCCAAGGCGCUGCUGCGGCGCAUGGCGGAGGCCCGGCGCGACGUGCGCGCCCUCGCCAUCGUCUUCGGCCUGAUGUGCUUCCGCCAGGUGAUCGGCAUCAACGCCGUCGUCUUCUACACCGUCGACAUCUUCGCCGUCGCCGACGCCGACCUGUCGCCCUCCGCCGAGACCAUCAUCGUCGGCAUGGUGCAGAUGGUGUCGACGUGCGCGUCGUCGCGGCUGGCGGACCGCGCGGGCCGUCGCACGCUGCUGCUGGUGUCGGCGGCGGGCACCGCCGCCUGCCACGCCGUGCUCACCGCCUUCUUCGCGCUGCACCGCUCGCUCGACUACGACGUGUCGGCGCUCAGCUGGCUGCCGCUGGUGGCGCUCGCGCUCUUCAUGGUGCUGUUCGCGGCCGGCUUCGGCCCGCUGCCCUGGCUCAUGAUCGCCGAGCUGCUGCCCUCCCAGCACAAGCGCUGGGCCGCGGGGGUGGCGGGCCUGCUGAACUGGGUGCUGAUGUUCACGGUGACGCGCUCCUUCGGGCUGAUGCUGUCGCGCGUGGGCGCCGCCGCCUGCUUCGGCGGCUUCCUGGCGUCCUCGCUCACCGCCACCGCCUUCGUCUUCUUCCUGGUGCCCGAGACGGCGGGCAAGACGCUGCAGGAGAUCCAGGCGGACCUGCGCGCGGGCCGCCCCGGCGCCUCCGCCCCCGCGGUGGCCGCCGACUUCUUCCCCGCGGGCAGCUUCCGCUUCCUGUCCCCCGGCGAGAUACACAUCUGA